CUAUUUAAAUCAGGGCUCGCUCGCGCUCUGUGAGUUGGAAGCCUCGCAUGUUUUUAUACUGUGGUGCAUGUGUGUUGUUUUAGGUCAGCUUGUUGGCGACUGUCGGUUAUAUAGUGCUCGCUUCAGCUGGGGUGGAUUUGAGUUUCCGCGCCGAUUAGCUGGCCUUGCCUUCGAGCCCUUUGCUCUCCGGAUCGAGCUCGUGCCUCGCGCUCCUGUGGGCCGUUGGACAGUUCCAGAGCAACGGGCGAAACGCAGUCAUGGCGUCGCACUCCUCCGAGAGGGAGAUGGCCAGUGAGGCACAAGUAGACCAGGAGGCAGACGUUGAAUUAGACGAUAAAAGCAGAGGGGAAAGCAGUGGAUCCACAUUUGUCCGCCCGCUGACUUCAUCUCCUCAGUCGGUUAAAGCGGCACAAGAGAAGUCGGAGGAAGUUGAAGGAGCGCGUGUUCUGCCGCCCGUUUACGUGUCGACCGCCAAAUUCACCCCAGAGAGCAGGAUGAACCUGUACUGCGAUCAGAUUUUAGUUUCUUAUAAGGCAGAAGAAGCAGAUGAAGCUAUGAACAAGUACCUCACUGAAAAGCUACAUGCAAGAAGUACAUGGUUGGGAGUAUGGAAAACAAAUCCUGAAUUUUUCUUUGUAAAGUAUGAUGAAGGAUCUAUACCAUAUGUUGGUGUUUUCGUUGAGGCUAUAUGCAAGCCACAACAGAACCAAAGUUCUCGUCUUCGAGCUACAGUAUCAGUUGUAGAACCAUAUUCGUCUAAUGUUGCCAAUUUAACAAGAGAACUUGUUGAGGAAGUUUUGGAUGAGUUAGACCACUGUGUUCCAUUGCUGGAAAUAUAUCCAAUAGAUGGUCAAGAUUCUGCUGUGUGCAGCAUUGCUGAAGCUCUGGAAAAUGUUAGAUUCUUUUAUGAUUUUCUCUGGAGAGACUGGGAUGAUGAGGAAGGCUGUGAAAAUUACACUGCACUGAUAGAGGAACGUAUACGUUUAUUUUAUGAUAUUCAAGACGGUACAAUACCAGGUCCUGUAGGGCAACGUUUUAAAAGAACUCUGGAAAAAUAUAGAAACAAACGUGCAGAGCUGAUUGAGUACCAGAGCAAUAUAAGAGAAGAUCCAACAGCAGCUCAAGCAGUGGAAUGUUGGAAAAAAUACUAUGAAAUCUUAAUGAUUUGUGGAUUAUUAAAAAUCUGGGAAGAUUUGCGUCUUAGAGCACAUGGACCUUUUUUCCCACGCGUACUGCGACGUCGGAAAGGCCAGCGACCUUCUGGAAAAAUUGUGACUCAUAUUGUGGCAAACAUGAUGACAGCUGACAUGGUUAAGGAUUUCUCUGCUAAUACACUGAUCCAACAACAUGAUAACUUAGACGCAUCCUUGGAUAAUUGUUUCAGUGGUGACACAGUAGUUAUUUUUCCUGGGGAGUAUCAUGCUUCAGGAUUCGGAAUGCUAACGGACGAUAUCAUUAUAAGAGGGGCUGGAAGUCGAGAAGAGGUCAUAAUCUUUUCAGAUCCUACGCAAGACAAUUUUGUGGCAUCUAAGUCCCAAGACGUUAGCUUAAUUCACCUUACAUUAGUACAGAGGGGAACUACUGAUGGCAUUGUGGUAGUAGAAUCAGGUCACAUGAUACUUGAAGACUGUCUUUUGAAAUGCGAAGGCACUGGUGUUUGUGUUCUCACAGGAGCAGCUUUAACCAUGAAAAACUGUGAAUUGACAGGAGCUCAGGGUUCAGGAGUGGAGCUAUAUCCAGGAAGUGUUGCUUUUUUAGAAGGAAAUGAUAUACACAAAUGCAGUAAUGUUAAAAGUUGUGAUGCCCUCAAGAGCAUGUUAGGUGGAAUUAAGAUGAAGGUUCUGCCACCACCAAAACUGAAACUCCAUAAUAAUUAUGUUCACUCCAAUAAUGGCUAUGGUAUUACCAUAAUUCAGCCAGAUGGUAGACAUUGCCAUGAUGCAGAUGAAGGUGUAUUGGAGUGUGCUGCAGGAGGUGACAAAAGAGAUGAUCUUGUGAAAGCAAUACAGAAUUUGAGUCUUGAAAUGACCAAUAAUAAAUUUGAAAACAAUUCAAUGGGAGAAAUAGGUGUAAUUGUUCAUUAAUUAUGCUAAUAUAAGGUUAGAAAUUCUAAUCAAUUUGCCUUGAGCCAAACUCAAUUUAGAAUUUUGUUGACAAUUUGUUUCAUCUUAUUUGCAGAAAGUACAUUGUUUAAGAAAGGCAUACAGCUCAGAUAUAAAUUAAAAACAAAUCAAAAGUAAGUCAAUAGUUCAGUAUACAAAACUAUGUAAACUAACUUCUCUGUCAGUAUGUCGGGAACUUCCUUAAUCUGUGCUUUAAACCUGUUUAAGUUUCCAGCUUUCUGCUGCAAGCUUUAGGAAAAUAUAUAUAUAUUUAAAGCCGAUUGUUUACUUGCAAAUUCCCUUUGCCACCCGAGUUUAUGAUCUUUCCACACUCGUUUGAUUCAAUGUUUAUAUUUAGGAGCAGAAAGGUUGAACAUUUAGAAUUUGUU